AUGCCCACUGAAAAGAUUGCUAGAUGUNAGUACAACGCAUUGACUUUUGUGGACGAGGUCCACGCUGUCGGCUUGUACGGUUCCCAUGGAGCCGGCGUGGCAGAACGCGACGGGUUGAUGCACCGAAUCGACAUUAUUUCAGGAACUCUGGGAAAAGCGUUUGCUAGUGUGGGCGGCUACAUUGCGGGCAGUCGGGAGCUGGUUGAUAUGAUUCGGUCUUACGCGUCCGGUUUCAUCUUCACAACCUCUCUGCCCCCGCCUGUUCUGGCCGCCGCUAGGGCGAGUAUUGCUGUGCUUAAAACCGCAGAGGGUCGAGAACUGCGUCAGGAGCAUCAAAGACGUGUAAGGAUAGUUCGUGAACGUCUACAACAAGAAGGACUACCCGUAAUCCAAGCACCGUCGCAUAUUUUGCCGCUUCAUGUGGGCGAUGCCGAGCUAUGCACCCGUAUUUCUACGGAGCUUCUCACGGAGCACAGUAUCUACGUCCAGUCGAUCAAUUACCCUACAGUGGAUCGUGGAGAUGAGCGUUUGCGUAUCGCCCCGUCUCCCCAUCAUACGGAUGAGUUGACCGAACAACUGGUUGAUGCUCUAUGCUCUAUUUGGUGCAAGUAUGAUCUUCCACUGAUCAAGUCAGACCCAUACAACACCACUUCACCUCUUGCCGCCUAG